CGCACACGUGGCUGGUGACAUAUAGAUACAGGAAGUGAUUGCAUGCGGAUUUCUUUUUUUGUUUCAAUUUUUUGUUUUAAUGUAAUCUUUGCUUGGAUGAAUAAUAUGGAUGAAAUUUUAGCUUUGAAGAAACAGCUCUUAGAAAAAGAUGCGGAAAUCGCUGAUUUGAAAAACAGGCUGGAGCAAUCCCUGAAGGAUAAUUCUGUACUAAUGGACUUACAAGACCAGGUAUCACAUCUGGAUCGCCUCCAGUAUACUUCUUUAACCAACGACGACAUUAUGCGAUACAGUAGGCAGCUGCUUUUGCCAGACCUCGGAGUCAAAGGUCAAAUGAGUCUUUUAAACACGUCUGUUUUGGUGGUGGGAUGUGGAGGAUUAGGCUGUCCCCUAGCCCUCUACCUCGCUGCAGCAGGAGUAGGGCAUUUGGGGCUGUUGGAUUAUGAUGAAGUGGAGCUAAGUAAUCUGCACAGACAGGUCCUGCACACAGAGCAGUCUCGGGGUCUGCCCAAAGCCCAGUCUGCAGCACAGACCCUAAGCAAGUUAAAUUCCACAAUACAGUGUGUACCAUAUCACCUCCAGCUCUCCUCUGAGAAUGCCUUACAACUCAUGCAACAAUAUGAUAUUGUGGCUGAUUGUUCGGAUAAUGUUCCAACACGGUACCUGGUCAAUGAUGCCUGUGUUCUUACUGGCAAGCCCUUAGUGUCUGCAAGUGCUUUGAGAAUGGAAGGCCAGCUUACUGUAUAUAAUUACAAUGGAGGGCCCUGCUACAGGUGUUUAUAUCCUGUUCCCCCACCACCUGAAACGGUCACAAACUGCUCAGAUGGAGGAGUCUUAGGAGUGGUGGUUGGAGUCAUGGGUUGUCUUCAAGCUUUAGAGGUUCUCAAGAUUGCCUCUGGCCAAAAAUCUUCCUUUGGACAGCAGUUGCUAAUGUUUGAUGCUCAAGAUGGGCGGUUUCGCAGCAUAAAGCUGAGAGCCAAGCAGGCAGGCUGUGUUGUUUGUGGAGAGACACCCACAGUCACAAAGCUGCAGGACUACGAGAGCUUCUGUGGCUCUGCUGCAACUGAUAAGUGCCGAAGAUUGAAUCUUCUGUCUGCAGAACAGCGAGUCUCUGUACAGGAGUAUAAAUCCAUUGUGGACUGCAGUACUCCUCAUCUCCUACUUGAUGUUCGGCCGGAAGUAGAGGUGGACAUUUGCCAUCUUCCAGUUUCCAUCAAUAUUCCACUGGCCAGUUUAGAGGAUCAAAAAACAGAGCACAUUCAUUUACUAAAGGAGAAGAUCCGUGAGAUAAAAUCGCAGAUGUGCUCUAAAUUAGAAGUCCCAGUGUAUGUAAUUUGUAAACUGGGGAACGACUCUCAGAAGGCUGUGCAGCUGCUGGAGAAGAUGUCUGGAAUUGAACUAGAGCACAUCACUGUGAAGGAUAUCACUGGAGGCCUGAUGGCCUGGGCUAAUAAGAUUGACCAGUCUUUUCCAAAAUAUUAACUUAUUUCUUAAUCCAAAAAUAAACAUGUUACUCAUUA